AUGAGUGAUGCCAAACUAUUCACCAAGUCAAAAAGCAUAGAAUUGCAAGCAGAGAUUGAACAGGCCUUCAAAAAAUCUAAACCGAUAAAUCGGAUCAAGGUUGUUCUUCGAAAGCUUUUGGCAAAUGUGAUAUUAAACAACCAUGAAAUGGCAGCCUUGAUGAAGGGCGUGAUCCCCUUAAUGAAAUUAGACGAUAUAGAAGUUAGGAAAAUUUGCUGUGAGUACUUGGUGAGCUACUCAUUAUUGUCACCCGAUGCGCAACAAGCCAUCCCAUUUUUACACCGAUUUAAGGAUGAGCAUUCACCAAUCUUGCGAGCUUUGGCCAUAAAGACCAUGUCCUCCAUCAAUCUCCCUGCGUUUUUGGACCUCAGCUUUACUUCAGUAAAGAGAGCUCUUCGAGAUAAGGAUCCGUAUGUGAAACGAACAGCGGCGUAUGCAAUUGCAAGGUUACAUCAACACGAUCCAGCACGAACUGAACGAGAAUUACUAGUGGAUGAAUUGAAUGAAUUGCUCUAUGAGGAUGAUCUGGUGAUAAUUUCUGAAGCUUUAGCUGCUUUAAGCGCCAUCACUGAGAGGAGCAAGACUUUGAAUUUGACGAUUGAUAAGGCCCAUUCAUUAACUUUAAUUUCAUUGUUGAGGACAGCCAAUGAAUGGCAACAAAUUUAUUUAUUAAACUCGCUCAUGGCUUAUGUGCCACAAACUGAGAACGAGGCUCUAGACUUGAUGGAAGCAGCACUCCCAUCUUUGCAGCACGAAAAUUCGGCAGUGGUGCUCAAUGCGAUAAAGAUUAUCAUUUACUACAGUAACUACGCGCGGAACCCUGAACUUCAUUUCCCAAUACUUCCUAAGCGUAUCGGUGCUUCCUUGAACUCAUUACUUACCAAGCCGUCGGAGACUCAGUUUUUGGUGUUGAGGAAUGUCAUUUUGCUCUUACUUGGCAAGAAAAACUUGGUGCAAUUUGAUAUCGAAAUGUUUUAUUGCCGAUUUGAUGACCCUAUUUAUGUCAAGGAUACAAAGCUUGAAAUCAUUUACCUAUUAGCGAACGAGAAUAACAUUGAGCUGGUUUUGGACGAACUUGAAGAGUAUGCUACCGAAGUGGAUGUGGCAAUGGCAAGAAAAGCAAUCAGAGCAUUUGGAAACUUGGCAGUUAAAUUAGAGAAUGCAGCUGAAAGAUGUGUCGAGGUGUUAUGCGACCUUAUUUCAACGGGGAUUACCUAUAUUGUUCAAGAGGCAGCUGUUGUGGUGAAGAAUAUCGUACGGCGAUAUCCCGGUAGGUAUAACUAUGCUGUCGACGAGCUCACAAAGUAUUGUCAGAUCUUUGACGAGCCAGAUGCAAAGGUGUCGAUGAUUUGGAUGGUUGGCCAAUUUUGCAAAAGCAUUGUAACUCCUAAAAAGCAUUUAUCGCAAUUGAUGACUUCGUUUACCGAUGACCCCAUUGAAGUACAACUUGCAAUGUUGACAGCAGUCACAAAGUAUUACCUUAUUUUCCCACUAGAUGGCGAAGAAAUGCUUCUUGGUGUGUUGAAAUGGGCAACAGAAGAGACCAACAAUCCAGACGUCAGAGAUCGUGGUUACAUAUAUUGGCGAUUGCUUUCGUCCGAAUAUGCUAGUAGCUCCCAAAAUGGAUUUCAAGAAAACACAAAGGACAUCAUUUUCAAUCAGGAUCCUCAUAUAACAUCUGAAAAUGAUAGUAUAAAUCCUGCUAUAUUGGAAGAGUUGGAGCUCAAUUUUGGCUCUCUAGCGUCGAUAUAUCUCAAGCCAGUACAAAGCGUAUUCAGGUUGGCCAAACCCAAACAUCUCAUAAGCUCGCCGGCCCUCCAAGUUGAACAACUGCUGGCAUCGAGCCACGAGUUUGCGUCGCCUAGACCGCUGUACAUACAAUCGCGAACUUCAAGCACAUCUACGGCGUCAAAAAGAGGAUCACAUGGGGGUAAGCAUAACGUUAGAAACUCGGGAGAUGAUUGGAGUGCAAGAAGUUUCAGUCCCAAGCCACCAUCAAAGGAGAAUCUUGGCCAGAAGCUUAGUAGAAAGAGUUCGUCGGUGACGGGGAAGAUAGCGAGUAAAAUACUGAAUUUUUAA